GGGCAUGAGGCACCCAUUUUAGCUAGUCCAGUUGUAACAGGUACAGGAUGGCUUUAAAGCCGAGUUCUGGCAUUGACUUUCAGUCCCUGGAUUUACAGUAGGAUGGGGGUUCCAGGGGUGCACAAUUGCAGAGGCAGCUUCUUGAUUCCUCGAUGUCAACUAAGGCAGUGUGGUCCUGGAGCCAGCAGUUGCCAUAACAGCUCUCAGAUUCGCAGUUCUCUGAUGGUAGCUGGGUCAACAUGUCUCUUAGCAGGAUCCUAAUGGGGAAAAGAACACCAUUGUCUUUAAGAUUCAAUUUUUUGUGUACUGAAAGUCUUCACAGUCACUCUUUGGAGAUCAUGGCCUACUAUGAUGUCCUGGGACCUACAGCCUCCACAGAUUUAAAACUUCACCUUUACCGCAAACUGCACCUCUGUAACGACAGUGACGAAGCCCAGCUGUGUGCCUUGGCCCUCUUGCCAUACCAAGUGGAUUUUGUCAAGGCGUCUGUCUCGAGGGUGAAGGAGCUCAUUCGUUUAAUGAUGCAUUGGUUUAAGACAUCAUUUGCCAGCACCACCGAGGAAAAUAAAUUCCGGAGACUUCCCUCCUCUUACACAGUGGAGCUCCUCACCAUUUACAUCUGGGAACGGGCGGAAAAGCCCCUGUUCUUCAGCCUGGUGCAGGGAAUGAGGGCAGUCCUCAAACUUCUGGUUCGGUAUGCAGAAAUCGAUGUGGUUUGGCACAGACACUAUCAUCGCAAGUUCCCCAUUUUUGUAAAGGUUUACCAGAAACACACAAGGCUGUUCAUUUUAGACCCUGUAAAUCCUACCAUCAACGUAUGUGACACCUGCAAUGCCUGGGAUGAAGUUGCCCACGUGGCAAGACGCAGCCUACUGAAGCCUCUUUUCAGCAGAGUGAGAGCUGAGCCCCCCUGGCUUUUCACAAAUGACUGGUAAACUGGGCAAGGAGCUACUGUUCUUGCAUUCUAUGAAGAAAAUAAAAAGGAUGCAAAACAUAUUGCCAAUAAGAACACUCUGUAUAAAAGGCAGUGUGAAAGAAACUUGUCCUAACUUAAUUCACAACUUUAGUGAACUCAAUCUUUAACAAACAUCACUUAAGAUAAAAGGAUCUGUUUCAGCUUUUGAGAUAACUGACUUCCCCUCCACUGUGUUUUGGAUUUAUUUGCUUUGGUGGCC